AUGAUAAUUCGGAUUUUGGAAAAUGCUUUGAUUGCGAAAACGAACGAAGUGAUGCAAAAUGGUAAACAAGAUUCGUUUGAAAAUAUUGAUAUUCCAGAUAUUGAACCGUAUUCAAUUGAUAAACAAACGGCUUAUCGCCUGAUUAUCGCACAGGGAUUUAGUCAUUAUACUAAUUAUAAUGCAGAAAAAUUUCGUAGUUCUUUCGUCAAUCAUCAAGGCAAAGAAGAAAUAAGAGUUAUUGUCAAUGAUAUUUUAUUUAGCAAAAAUUCUUGCAUUGAGGAAAAAUGGACUGAAGCGAAGAUUGGAAAAAGAUGCAAGAAAAGCCAGUUAUUUGCAAGUGAAAUUGAUGAAGAGUUCUUGUCAAGAAUAGCAACGAAAGAAUCGAUUGGUUCAGACACUAGCUAUAAUAUUAAUUCAACUGAACCACUAGAUAUUUCUGAUGGAAGGGUUGCAGUCCCAUUUACAACUAUACUGGCGCAACAAGAAUUACUCGAAAAUUCUAAUGAAGUGGUUGCCCCACCAAUUAUUGGUUGUCUGUCAUUGAUGCGAAGAGGAGCUUGUUAA